AUGUGUUGCGGCAAUUUUUACUGCUUUACGUUUGGAUGCAUCAGUAUACCGGAAAAGAUCGACGUCCCAGAGGGAUAUCCAGAACCUGCAAAGAAGUUCCUGUGUCCCUACUGCGGAUGCUUAACCGAUUCUGUAUAUAGGAAAGACAAAUACUUUUUUAGCAUAUGUUUUAUUCCAUGUAUCCCGUGUAAAGAGAGUUCUCCAUAUCUCUCCUGCACUAGUUGUAAAAGAAAUCUGGGGAGUAUUGGAGACUACAGAUGUAAGAAAUGUGGAGUGGCCACAACCUUCGAAUCAAAUAAUUGCCCUAACUGCGGAGGAGAAAAAACCCAGUCAAGUGGCGGAUACAGAAGACUGGACAUGGUCUAA